AUGAGAGUUUCCCGUUUAUGGACUGCAGAAGGAUUUCUCAAUCUAGAAAGAGCAGAGGAUUUUCUCCAAGACCUUCUUGAUAAAAAGUGGAUCCAGCCAGUGGAAACAAGAAGUGAUGGAGGGCUCUCCACAUUCCAAGUGGAUAAUCUUGUGCGAGAGAUUAUUGUUUCCUUGUCCGAUCAUCGCAACCUGUUGAGGGUAACUAGUAAGGGCAGCACCAACUGGCCUGAAGGGAUAAGAUACCUAUCUGUCCAGGGAACAGUCAGAGAUUUGAAUGAAGAGAAACUCUCUCAACUUCGUUCAUUAUUCAUGUUCAAUAUUCCCUCUAGUACGGAUAAGACAACAAUGUACGAAGCUUCAACAUCAGAGAGUUCUGAGAAUCAAUUGUUUCCAUUCAAUGUUAAGCUUCUGCAGGUGUUGGAUCUGACAGGUACACCUCUGCAGAUUGCUCGAGAUGCAUUGUUUGAGUCAACCCUUCUGAGGUACUUCAGGGAUACCUCAAUCGAAGUAAUCCCAAGCUCCAUUAAAAGACUCGCUCAUCUAGAAUUUUUGGAUCUUAAACGUAGCUUGGUCACUGAAUUGCCAGAGGAGGUUGGAGGACUUGAAAGAAUUCGUCACAUCCUCAUUUAUCAUCAUGAGAACGACCCUCUGAUGGAGAGUUACAACUUAAUUGGCUUCAAGGCAUCAUGCAGUAUCAAAGGGCUCAGGAGACUAGAAAAGCUCUGUUUUGUGGAAGCAGACAAUAGCAUAUUGAAAGAUCUUGGGACUCUGACAAAAUUAACGCGGUUGGGAAUCACCAAGUUGAGAAAAGAAGAUGGCGAGAAGUUGUGCACUUCCCUUAAGGAGUUAAAGGAGCUAAAGUCCCUCAAUCUACAUGCGUUUGACGCAGAUGAGAUACUUGAUCUCCAUUAUCUAUCUUCACCUCCUGUGUCUCUUAAACGUCUCUACUUGCAUGGCCGCCUGGAUAAGUUGCCGAAUUGGAUAUCAUCCCUUUGUCAUUUGACAAAGAUCGUAUUAAGAUGGAGUCAUCUGGAGGGAGCAACCCAGCAGAAGACAGAGAGUCAAAUGGAGGCAGCAGCCCAGCGAAAGAAAGACAGUCAUACUCAGCAGGAGAAAGAAAGUCAUACUCAGCAGGAGAAAGAGAGUCAUCCGGAGGCAGCAACGCAGGAGGAAGAUCUCCUCGCAACACUCGGAAAAUUGCCGAAACUAGCAGAGUUGGAACUGCGUCGGGCCUACCAUGGAAGACAAUUGGAUUUCAAGGAUGGGCAGUUUCCGAAGCUCAAGAUUUUACUGCUUGAUGAAUUAGGGAGGCUUAGAUCAAUGAGUUUGGAGAAGGGAACAAUGCCGUGUCUUGAAGAUCUGACCAUCAGCCGUUGUCAAUGGUUGGAAAGGAUACCCUCUGGCAUCGAACACAUCAUUCCCACACUCCAAGCGCUCGAGUUUUUUGACAUGUCUCGUGAAUUCUACAAGAUGGUACCAGAUGAUUAUCGAAAUUCAAAGGACAAACUAAAAGUCUAUUUUACACAAUGGAGGCCCGGCCAAUGGAAAACCAUUCCUUUGGGUAUAGACGAGUGUGAUGAAUGCUUCGCUGAUGAACUCUGA